AUGUCGGGUCACCCUCGGCUCCGCAAUUUCUUUAAGGGCUAUGUUGGGAAUGGCGAGAAUAUCCUAUUCUGGUUGGAUCCGUGGUUGAGAGACGUCCCGUUGAUGGAAGUUUUUCCCAAAUUAUUUAUGCUGGAGACUGUCAAGAACUGUUCGGUUAGGGAUCGGUUAACUGGCGAGUGGCUGUGGAAGCAUGACCCCGUUAUGGAGGAUGAAAUCAUCGAGCUGGAUGCUCUAAUUGCAGAGGUUGCGGCUGUUUCGUUGAGGGAUAGGAAGGACGAUUGGAAGUGGUUGCCUGACCGCUCGGGUUUGUUCUCUGUUCGCUCCGUUAAGAAACUUUUUGAGGUCGCCGAGGUAGAUAAUAACAGGUACGUGAUUGAAAGGUGCAAAUGGGUCCCUAUCAAAUGUAAUGUUUUUGUUUGGAGAGUAGAAUUGAACCGUAUCCCCACGGCCGAUGCGUUGCGGAAGAGGGGUAUCCAAGUUGGUAACGGGGUAUGUCCUUUGUGCAAGACGGAUGACGAAUCUGUGGAGCACAUCUUCACUUCUUGUAUUGUGGCCGUAAUUCUUUGGCAAAAAGUUUCUUGGUGGUGCGGUAUGGCUCCCAUUUAUGCAUUCUCUGUCAAGGAUUUGUUGGAUGUCCAUAAAGACAGGAAUAUAAAUUCAGGGGUUAAACAUGUGGUUCAAGGCAUUAUGUUUAUCUCAGUUUGGUGUUUGUGGUUGGCUCGAAAUAGAGCGGUUUUUUCGAAUGCCGAUGUUAAGGUUGAUAGUGUUUUUAGCGAAGUUAGAGAUUGGUGUAAAUUUGUAAAUUUGUAG